GAUCUUGAAAACUACUGCCCCAAGCAGAUACAAACUUAUGGUUUCCCUUAUCUGGAUGGCACCAUUAACCGGGGAGGCUACUCCAAUAUCAUGGUUGCGGACGAGCACUUCAUCAUCCGUUGGCCUGACAACUUCCCCCUAGAUGCCGGUGCCCCUCUCCUGUGUGCCGGCAUCACAACAUACAGUCCACUGAGGUACUUUGGACUAGACAAGCCCGGGCUAAGAAUUGGUAUCAAUGGACUUGGUGGGCUAGGGCACGUUGCUGUCAAAUUCGCUAAGGCUUUUGGAACGAAGGUUACAGUUAUCAGCACGUCGCUUAGCAAGAAGAAGGAAGCUAUUGAACGCCUUGGUGUGGAUGAGUUUUUGGUUAGUCGCGACCCGGAGCAGAUGCAGGCUGCUGUUGGCACACUAGAUGGCAUCAUUGACACCGUCUCCGCGUCCCAUCCAGUUGUGCCGUUGCUGAGCCUGCUGAAGCCAAACGGGAAGCUCAUCGUGGUUGGUGCACCAGAGGCUCCCCUGCAGCUGCCUGUUUUUACCUUGAUCCAAGGUAGGAAGACGAUAGCUGGGAGCGGGAUAGGAGGGAUGAAGGAGACGCAGGAAAUGAUUGAUUUCGCUGCCAAGAACAACAUACUAGCGGAUGUGGAGGUAAUACCGAUAGACUACAUAAACACCGCUAUGGAUCGGCUGUUGAAAUCCGAUGUGAAGUACAGGUUCGUGAUCGAUGUUGAGAACUCGUUGAAACCCGAGUAAGAAGUA